UGCGACACUUUUGCCUUUGCCAUGACUUUCUUUGGCCUGGCCUCCACGCUCAUCCUCUUUGCCAUGGCUGUGGAGCGAUGCCUGGCACUCAGUCAUCCCUACCUGUACGCCCAGCUGGACGCGCCACGAUGUGCCCGCUUGGCCCUGCCUGCCAUCUACGCCUUCUGUUGUCUCUUCUGCUCGCUGCCCCUGAUGGGCCUGGGGGAGCAUCAGCAGUACUGCCCUGGGAGCUGGUGUUUCAUCCGUAUGCGAUCCACCCAGCCUGGCGGCUGUGCCUUCUCCCUGGCCUACGCCAGUCUUGUGGCCCUACUGGUGACUUCCAUCUUUUUCUGCAACGGCUCGGUCACGCUCAGCCUCUGCCACAUGUAUCGCCAACAGAGACGCCACCAUGGCUCCCUGGUGGCUCCACGUGAGGUUUGGGGAGCCCUAGAGGCCUUAGGCAUCUGUGGGGGUUGGCGGCGGUCGCCUCAGCUGCAGAGGGUGGGUCUGGCAGCUGGGUACCCUUUGCCCCAGCCCCGUUCUCCUUCUGCGCCUCACAUCCCAUCCUUCACCCAGGCCAUUGCCCCGGACAGCAGUGAGAUGGGGGACCUCCUGGCCUUCCGCUUCAACGCCUUCAACCCCAUCCUGGACCCCUGGGUCUUCAUCCUUUUCCGAAAGGCUGUCUUCCAACGCCUCAAGCUCUGGCUAUGCUGCUUGGGUGCCCGUUCUGUCCACGGGGACUUACAGACACCCCUUUCCCGGCCUGCAUCGGGGAGAAGAGACCCAUUGGCUCCCACUGCUCUCCAGGCUAAGGAAGGGAACUGGGUGCCCCUGACAUCCUGGGGCACCGGAACUGGACCUCAAUUCACCAUCUUUGGAACCUCCACAAAGACUUCACUCAUUCAUUCAACAAACUCCUAUGGGACCCUGAAGUCAGCAAGCCUUGACUCUCCCGGACCUCCAAGCAAGGACGCCAGGGUGCUUGGGGAUGAGUUGACUGCCAUGAAGGGAAGGUGGCCCAUUGGGUCAGAUGCCUCUGGGAGCUCUCUUGAUAGCGGGCCUGUAUUUGAAGUCCUCAUACACACAGACCCAGACUGCCAGCCAGGGCAGUACCUUGCCCUGGGUAACCUGUCCACAGAGAAGGCCGAGGACAGAUGGAAGAGUCCAGACAGGUAG